CCUAUUUUCAUUUCAGAGUGACAGACAGAAUUGAAAUACCGCUGCUGUAGAAUAACAUUCAAGUAAAAGAGGGUAAAAAAUGCAAUCUGCCCGGGUUCUUGCCAGCCGGCUCUUGUCUUCCAAGAUUCCACUUGGAUCUUCAGGAUGUCUUAUCUCGAGACAACUGGUUUGCUUUGAUCCAAGAAAGAACACACAGAUUCUACAAAGGCAGAAAUCAACGACCGCCUCACGAUGGGGCCAGCCAGCAAGCUCCGCCUUCGACGACCACGCUGCCCUGUACGCUGACCACAACUGGGCGAGAUCGAUCCCCAUCACCGACGUCGACAAGGACAUCGAUGCGAAGAUGGUGGUCGUUCAGUGGGAAGAUGGUGACAGCCAAAGGUACCCUAAUGUCUGGCUAAAGAGCAAUUGUCACUGCGAAGGAUGCUACAAUAAAGGAGCACAUGGAAAACUGAAGUACACCCAGCAUCUCGAUUUGGACAUCCAAGCCGAUGACGUCACAAUCAACCGAGACGGUCAAAUGCUCUCCAUCAAAUGGAGCGACGGUCACUUGACGAACGUUCCCAGCAACUGGCUCCGGUGUAACCGAUUCGAUCAAUCCGAUCGCGAUCCGAUAGCCGACGCUAAGCUUGAUUUGUGGGGUUCUGACGUCAUGACCUCGGGUCGCCUCCGAACGUUUGAGUUUGAUGAGCUUAUGCAAUCUGAUAAGGCUCUCCUGGACUGGCUUUCCGAGAUAAAAGUUCUUGGCAUAUCGCUUGUUAAAAAUGCCCCCAACAUAUCGCACCAGAUUCAUAAGUUGGCUGAUCGUGUAGGCUAUGUUACACCGAGUACUUAUGGGAGAAGAACCUGUUUUGACAGGGUAUUUCAUCAAUUCUGUAUACACGUAGUUAAUUCAGCACCACCGGUGAGUUGUAUGUUUUGAAAGUAAAAUAAAUAAUGUAUGUGAAAGAAACAAUACUGAUUACUGACUUGAUAUGAUAAAGGAUACUUUAUUAUAGUAAAUGGAUAAUUCUUUAUGACCUAUUUAUAAAUUAUUGGAGUAAAUUAACCCUUUAAUAGAAUUGUUUGAUUUCAUACUUAUUGUUGUUUGAACUUUUAGAAAACCCAUUUAUGUCAGCAUUGAAAGACGGAUUGUAUAUUUAUAGGGAGUCAUUGGACUUUAAAUGGAAUAUGGAAGGAUGUCAUAGAUUCUGAAUUAUUUAGUAUUUAUUUAGGAAGAUGCUUUAAUGCUUUAAAUAUGAAUAACUAUUCAUAGAAUCUGAACCAUAUACAGUGCCGGCCGCAGGAAACGUCACGCCCGAGCACGCAAACACCCUAGGGUGCUUUCGCGUCUAACCGAGGGUAUUCAAGGGGAGCAGACUAGGGUGUUUAGCCGCGCCUGCAGUUUCCCGCGUGCUCUAUGAUAUUGGCCGUGCCCGCACUUUUCCUAGGGUACCCUUGCAUUAUGUUUACAUGUGCAUGUACUUAGGUUAUCUUGUGAUAGACCAUUAUGUUUUUAAACAAGUGUGAUCGGAAUCUAUUGUAGAUUAAUUUUUGAUUUAAGAUGUUAUUUGUUUUCUUUUCUUUCAUCCCUUCUUUCAUUCUUUAAUUUCUGUUUUCCCUUUUAAUUCUUUUCCCUUAUUCAUUCUUUCACUUUCUCCCUUCCUUGCUUCCUUCCUGUUUUUCUUCUGUCUUUGUUUCUUUCAAAUAAUGAAGGAAAUAUUUUUCUUUCUUUCCUUCUUUCUCUUUUCCUUCAUUUUUCUUACUUUUCUCUUUUUUCUCCUUAUGUUUUUUUCUUUCACACAUUUAUUCAUCUUCCCUUCCUUUAUUUUAAUUCUUUCUUUCUUUAUUCAUUUCAAGUAAUUUACGGAAACCGUUAUCUGUCUUUUAUUCUUUCGUUCAUCCUUUUAUUCAAACUUUUUUCCUUUUAAUUUUUCCUUAAUUUUUUUCUUUCCUCUCAAUUCAUUUCUUGUUUCCUCAUUUCUUCCUCUUUCUUCCGCUCACCCUCCCUUCCCUUUCUUAAUAUAUUUUAUUAACAAGUCUAACAUUGUGUAGCCUUUUUUGUUGAUUUUUUGGCCUGGCUCGGUCGAUCCGAUGGUAUAUAGUGCUUUGUCGAUUGUCCCGUAUUUAAUUUUGUGAAAUCUGGUCACCCUGGCUGGAACAUCGAACUUAUCAUUUUUCGUUUACCGCAAUGAAUCUAAUUAAUUAAUCUAAUUUAAUGCAUUAGGUAAACUUUUUCCUUACGCCUUACGUGGGAGACAUACAUGUAUCAUACAAACUUGUAUUUAAAAAAAUAGGACACAAUUGUGGUUUAACCCUAAAAUGGCCGGAGGGGGUUGAAUCAACCCCCCCCCCCCUCAAUAUUUUCUGCGAUCAUUCCGCUGCGCGAAAUUUUUUGAUUGCGCCACUCGCACAGUUUAUACUUUUAAGUCUCGCGCAUCUUUUGAGACCAAAUUUACGACGCCCGGGUACUUGGUUCUGAAAUUAAGCAACAUUUUGUAAGUGCAUGUCAGACCAAAAAUUGUUCCAAAACGUGAUUUUGUGUACAAAGUCAAUGCAAAUUGAGUUUUCUCAUCUUAUCCAUAAAGAUAUGAUUAUUUUUACUUUAAACAGUUGAAAGCAAUUGAUUUUAGCAUAAUUAUGCUUCAAAAAGGUUGUGCAAUAAAUCUGGUGAAAAAAACAAAGAAAAACAAAAGGUUGAAAAACAGAGAAAUACAUAAGAAAUUCAUAAAACAAUAAAAUACAUAAGAAAUUGAUUUUCAAACCGAAGUUUUUUUCAAUUGUCAUUGUUAAGAAUGCUACAAAGAAUAUUUUCACCAAAAAUUAGCAUUCUAGGAGCUUUAUUUAGUGAAUUAGAACAAAAAGUAUGAUUUAUGCAUAAAUAAGCAUGCAAAUUUUUGCGGCGCUCGCGCGAUCGGCGGAUCUCAGAGGGGGGGGGGGGUGAAUCAACCCCCUCCCCGCCACAGAACAGCCAAAAAAGCCAGGCCUAGUUAGGGUUAAUGUAAUGGAGAUCAAUUCUCUAUCUUUUGGGAUAAGUUUUUUUUUUCUCCAUACGCACCCAUUCCUCUCCCUUCAGCGUGAACUAUACACCUAAUCCCAUCUCCUUAUGAACAGUGUGAGAACUAGAAAACAUUUGAAACAUUCUUCCUUGAGUUUUAACGGGGUGCACAGGGUGGAAUAAGAAAAGAAGAAAGAAAGGCAUAUC